AUGAGCAGCACCGUACGUGUCGCGUCGAGCUCCAUCUCUGUGGCUAAGCCACCGGCCUCCUCCUGCCGUAUGCACACCCCAUCCGGCUCCCCGAAGGCUGACGUCGCUGACUCUAGCGCCGGCUCUUUGGCCAAUCAAGAAAGCGUUGGCGCGCAUGAGUCCGCAAGGCGGACACGGCAUGUGACAUUUGAUGAGGCAUCCAUCGGGUACCUCGGCACCUACGGGAGUCAUCGUGUGCACGAAGAAAGUCGACCGAGGGUGCCUCCCGAGAAUGUGGUCUGCGGGACUGCAAUGCUAUCGUCCUGCGCCGCGAGCGACGGUGGCGGAUGUCAACCGCUGGCUGCCACGGCGGCGUCCAUGGGUAAACCAAACGCCGACAGCUGGGGGGCCGAUUCAGAGUGGUUCAACGAGGUAUUCGGGGCUCAGCUCACCCCGGUCACCGCCACGGCUCACUCUGCAACGGCAGUACCCACUUCAUCUUUGGCAGCCGCGGCAAGCGAGCCACCACCGUUGCCUUCCAGCACCCUCAUCGUGCGCCCUUCAAGAGUGUCACUUUCCUCGUUUUCGGCUUCGUUACCCUCGUCAAGUACAGUGUCAGAACUGGCAGACACGGCGGCUCGCGGUAGCGCACGUCGACUCGGAACAGCAGGGCCCAAUCGGGGCAAGUAUACGAUCAGCAGCUAUCAGAGCUUUGGCGCAUCUGCCCCCAUCACCCGCUCACGCACCUUCCAGAGCACGCGCGUCGGCAUGAAUGCGCACCUCGCCAGAGACUCUGCUGGUGCUGCUACCCCAGCAAGCAGCAACAUGAGUGUUGGCGAAGCCAGCCAGCCUACCAGCGACGGCGGCCGUUACUCGUCACCAGUGCUGACUUACGGACACGCUUUCUUCGCUACAUCAACGCGUCUCGGCAACAAUAGUGUCGUAGCUCCGUCCUGUUCACCAAGUGCCAUUCUCCCGCCCCCACCACUAUCUGUGCGUGACUUGCGCCGCCGCUCCCCAGCAACGCCACCUUCUUUGGCAGCGUUUGCGGCGGUGGCAGGCGGUAGCGGAGCGGAUGGGCCCUGUGGCAGCAGCAGUCACCGCCGCCUUUCGUCUCCCAGCGUAUCCUUCUCGAACAUUCAGGCUUCGCUGGCAGAGGUGACGGAGAGCGGACAGGGUACUGAGUCCAUAAAGCAAGAGGCCUCCCUGGUACCACCGCGCACCCAGACACUGGCCACGGACCAACGCGAUGACGAGUCCCCCACUUUACGUGCAAUGAAGUUGUCUGUGGGCGAGCGUCGCUUGCUCCAAGCCGUGAUGACGGUAAAUGUGCGCAAACGGCGCAUCGCUCCCGAGAUCGUCCCGUUCGUGGCCCCGAGGACAAACACCAGUGCGUCUCCCAUGAGCACGACAGAGACACCGAACAGCAAACUCAGCAGCGACGCUGACGGUGGCCUCAAUAGCAUCCCCAUCUUCACCUCGAGCUCUGCUGGGCGUGCUGUGCGAGCACUACGUGAGACAGCCCGGUCGAUGGACGAUCCCCACGCCAAGGUUCUUUCCCGAGAUGUGCGUCAGUCUAUAGAUGUCGGUGCGCCCUUGUCGUCCCCCACAGCCUCUCUUUGUUCACGCGUCAGCCAUUCUGCAGCCGUGGACGAGGAGAGCAGCGCUGACUCGAGCGUGCGAACAGGUGUUUUCAGCGCUCAGCUGUCUAGUAGAUGCAGCACUACAGCGCCGCCAACAACUGUCUCGGCAACUAGCGGCAUGAAUGGCAACCCCAGAAGCACCACCGUCCCGAGCGCCGACUCCCUCAGCAGUGCACCCUCGUCCUCACUUCACCCUUCCCCUGGGCAAAGGUUUUCAGCAGUUAGAAGGAGCGGCUCUCAGACGUCGUGGAAGGAUGACACCGUCACCGCCGCCCCCUCUGCGUUGCUCAGCGAAACGCGCCGACCAAGGGCAUUCACACCGCGCUCGCACAGCCAUCGGGGGAGGAUGUCCGCUUCCCAGCUGGUGCACUGUCAGUCAGACAGCUGCGAUAGGGACGAGGACGAGUCAGAGCCGCACAUACAGGUACCGGUGCCCACCCCGCGAACAUCAGCUGGCACGUCGAAUUGGGCAGCGCCGCGCCGACGCAGUGGCCACCGCAGAUGA